AGGAGGAGUGUGCCUUCCUUUUGUUCUUGUAUGGAGAGGCGAGUGGCAGUGGAGGGAGAGAAAGGGAUGGAGUGCACGAUGGAGGCGGCGGCGGCGAUGGGGGUGGAGAAGGCGUCCAGGUUCCGGAGGAUAUGCGUGUUCUGCGGGAGUCAGUGUGGGAAGAAGCCCAGCUAUCAGGAGGCCGCCGUCGAGCUCGGCAAGGAAUUGGUGAAGAAUGGCAUCGACUUGGUGUAUGGAGGAGGAAGCAUUGGAUUGAUGGGCCUGGUCUCUCAUGCGGUUCAUGAUGGAGGGCGCCAUGUCUUGGGGGUUAUUCCGAAGUCCUUGAUGCCAAAGGAGUUAACUGGUGGAACAAUUGGAGAGGUUAGAGCUGUAUCAGACAUGCAUGAAAGGAAAGCGGAGAUGGCUCGCCAAGCAGAUGCCUUCAUUGCUUUGCCUGGUGGAUAUGGCACACUUGAAGAACUACUUGAGGUCAUUACAUGGGCUCAGCUUGGAAUCCACAAGAAACCGGUUGGACUACUUAAUGUUGAUGGCUUUUACAAUUCGUUGUUAUCUUUUCUCGACAUGGCUGUUGAUGAAGGGUUCAUAUCGCAAGCUGCACGUCACAUCAUUAUAUCUGCCCAUUCAGCCAAGGAGCUACUGAGGAAACUUGAGGAAUAUGUUUCAGAGUAUGAAUGCACAUUGGUGUGGGAUGCUGAGAAGAAGCCACUGAACUUUGCCCCCGAACCAGAGUCCGGUGUUGCUUCCUAACCUGCUCUCCUUCCCAUGCUCUUCAAACAAGUGUAGGACAAAGUACGACUUCAGAGUAAAUUGCUGGCAGGACUUACAAGUUAAAUGAACAACCUUUGUGUAGUCUUCUGUAUUUAAUCAAUCGGCAUAGUUCGGACACAUAGAAGGAAGUUGUCAGAUUGUAUUCAAAUUCUUCUGCAACUUGUAAGCUUUGGUGUUGCCACUUUCCCGUAUCAAAAUUGGCAUCUUUACAU